GUGAAGAUGCGUCAUCAAGGAGUAGCGACUUUUGAAUAUUGUUCAAUAGCCUUCAAAAGUCGAGGAGGUCGAGGGAAAGUUCCCCAAACUUAUUAUCUUCAUGGACAAGAGAAAAAGCGAAUAGGAGUAUGCGUGAUAGGGUUUACGCUUGGUUGGUUGAGCUGUGCCCCAAUAGAUACGGAGUUGAUAGAUCAAGGAGGACAAGGUGGCCGGGGCACGGAAAGGUCGUGUUUGGUCUAAUAGCGAAGAGGAGAAUGAUAUGGAGACGAGAUUUUUGCCGCCGAAUGCCCUCGACACACCAUUCACCGUUCCGUUGAUACUGUCUCUGCAUUGCGCACAUAACCUUGGAGCAGAAUGUUGGUUUAAAAGAAACCUGUAUAUACAAAUAUGGGUUGCUCAUGAUUUCUCCUCACGCUUGAAUAGUCUACGACGAUACUCGAGGCGGUUUGCUCCGUGGACGCAGCAGCAUGCUUGCGCUUAUUGCUGCCCAGCUGAAGGAGCAGCUGAAGGAUUCCAGAUCCAACAAGGCUCCCAUCUGGAUUGAUUUAGGUGGUGGAACCGGAUGGAAUAUUGAGCAGAUGAACAACUAUUUCCCCAUUAGCAAGUUUGAGCGCGUCUACCUUGUGGAUCUCUGCCCUUCGUUGUGCCGGAUUGCCCGCGAGCGCUUUCAAAAGUUCGGAUGGACUAACGUUAUUGUCCUGUGCGAAGAUGCUCUUGGAUCCGACUUCCCUGGCAUAGCUAACCCCAAGGGCAAGAUUGACAUGAUCACAAUGUCGUACUCGCUCUCGAUGAUGGAUAAUUACCAUGCCGUCAUUGACCAUGUUCACUCAUUACUUGAGCGCAAGGCUGGUAUUCUUGGUGUCGCCGACUUUUACACCUCGACCAACACUACCAAGGCUAGCAACUACGGCAUCCAGGGCUAUCAGUGCAACUGGUGGACGCGCAACUUUUGGCAGAUCUGGUUUGCUUUCGACCAUGUUCACCUCCAUGCCUCUCGCCGCGACUAUCUCGAGUACCGUUUCAAUGUCAAAAAGGCCGUCAAUGGCCGCAACCACUUUAUCCUGCCAUUCCUUGUUCAGAUCCCCUAUUACAUCUGGGUUGGCCAGAAGAAAUCUUCCGGGACCAAGAAGAACCGCUCCAUCCUUUCCAAGAGCAUUUCCCCCUUGUCACUUUCGUCCGAUGAGGAGAUUGAUGAGCCUAUCCUUCACCAGCUCCAGACGAACGAUAUUCGUCCCCGCUCCAUGUCGACAGACUCCAGUUCGAGCCAGGGUUCCGUCCCCGAUAGUCCCAGCAGUGUUGGCUCAUCCAGCACUUUGGUCGCUUCGGCCAUUUCCACCAGGGCCCUGAUUGAGAAGCAAACCGAGCUCCGAUUUGGACCAAAGCUGAGCCCGUGGCGGCUCCCAUACAACCCUACGUUGCCCUGCCACACGCAAUUCCGAUCCUACAUCUACGCUUUUACAUGGGAAGAUCCCCGCAUCGAUCUCGAGGUUCUGAAUCUGCAGAAAGACGAUGUCAUGUUUGUGAUCACCUCCGCUGGAGACAACGCGCUCGAGUAUGCACUGCACGGGCAGCCUAGCCGAAUCCACUGCGUUGACAUGAACCCUUGUCAGAACCACCUUCUCGAGCUCAAGUUGGCUGCUAUUCAGAACCUCCCUCACUCUGAGUUUUGGCAAAUGUUUGGUGUGGGCCAUCAUGCGGACUUCCGUCGUAUCCUGGUUGAUCAGCUCUCUCCCUCGCUCUCCUCAGCAGCAUUGCAGUUUUGGUACAAGAACAGGAGCACGUUCGACGAUUGCUUUUAUGAGACCGGGUACUCUGGAUUGGCGCUGCGACUGUUCAAGUGGCUGGUGAGGAUCAAGGGUCUGUCAAAGACUGUGGAGGAGGUCUCGACCACGGAUGAUAUUCGCGUCCAGGAGCAGCUUUGGGAAAACGUAAUUAAGCCCUCGAUAUUGCCAGUUUGGCUGGUUGAGUGGGUCCUCUCCCACCCCGCUUUCUUGUGGAACGCGCUCGGAGUGCCAAUCAACCAAAUGAAGCUGAUUCUGGACGAGGGCGACGCUGUCCAGUACAUCUACGAUACUCUGGACUCGAUCAUGACCCGAUCCCUUUUUAGAGACGAUCAAUACUUUUACAACCUGGUGGUCAACCGCAAGUACACUUGUGAUUCUUGUCCAUCGUACUUGACAGAGACAGGGUUCCAAACGCUCAAGGAGCAGAAGGCAACGGACGCGAUGUUGCUGCACACGAAGUCGAUCAUUCAGGUGCUAAAGUCGCUUGCAGAUGGAGAGUUGACCAAGGCAGUGUUAAUGGACCACAUGGACUGGUUCGAUCCCAAGGAUGCAGAGGACGAGGUCAAGGAGGUGGCCAGGGCGGUGCGCAAGGGAGGCAUAGUUCUCUGGAGGAGUGCUGGUCGCAAACCCUGGUACAACGCCUUAUUUGAAAAAUACGGAUUUGAAGUCGAAGCUGUUGGUGUCCGAGUCCCCGGUAGCGGUGUUUCAAUCGAUCGUGUCAACAUGUACGCAUCGUGCUAUAAGGCUAUCAAGAAAUAGACGGAGAGCGACUGACGUUACCUUUAAUUCUCGGCAUCCUUAUUAUCUGACGAGCAGGCAUCCACUGGCUUCUCUCUUUUUUAUUUUUUUUUAUUGGUUCUUACUCCCACUCCCUUCCUCCAUUGUAUUUUUGUAUCCCAUCUCUUUGUUCGCCCAUUUUUAUGAAUGUGUCGAAUGCCAGUUUCGCUUUCACUUUUCAUCCGCAUAUAUCCAGUUGGCCCAGCAAUGCAAUAAAAGCAAAAGAAAAAG